UUAGCUGUCAGCUGUCAGUCACAUCACUGCCACCUGGAUGGAGGGCGUUGCUUUGCAAAUCUAAAAUAAUAAAAAUAUUAUUCGUAAUUACUCGCGUGCUCGCUGUCGUUGCUAAGGAUUUCAGUUGUGUAGAUGAAAAAUAUUUUUUGAAAUGUUUUCCACCGUCCCCAGAUCUCUUUUAUGUUGUUCCAACGCGAUAGUUCCGAACCGGGCGGUAGCGUUGGCGCUAGCGAAAUGUCCCGGGUUCGAGUCUUCGGCGGUGCCAUGCCGGGAGUACCACGAGGUCACCGGCAACAUAAUCUGCCCCAACGUAGUGCGAGGUAUCGAUCACCUGAGGGACCCACGAUUAAAUAAGGGUCUCGCCUUCACUUUAGAAGAGCGCCAAGCCCUUGGCAUCCACGGUCUCUUGGCGGCGAAAUUCAAAAGCCAAGAGGAGCAACUGGACAUCUGCAGGAUAUCGGUGGAUCGGUAUGAGGACAACCUGAACAAGUACCUCUACCUCGUCGAGUUACAGGACAGAAAUGAGAAACUAUUCUUCAGACUCCUGGCUGAGAACAUUGAAAAAUAUCUGCCUAUAGUAUACACACCCACUGUGGGACUGGCCUGCCAAAGGUUCGGUCUCAUCUACAGAAGACCUAGAGGUCUCUUCAUCACCAUCAAUGAUAAGGGGCAUAUAUUCAACAUUCUCAAAAACUGGCCAGAACCCGACGUCCGGGCGAUCGUAUUCACUGAUGGCGAGCGUAUCCUUGGGUUGGGCGACCUUGGCGCGUACGGCAUGGGAAUCCCUGUAGGGAAGCUGUCUUUGUACACCGCACUCGCUGGCAUCAAGCCCCACCAGUGUCUGCCCAUCACCUUGGACGUUGGUACCGAUAAUCAGGAUCUUCUGGAAGAUCCGCUGUAUAUCGGAUUGAGACAAAAGAGAGCGCGAGGCAAGGAGUACGACGAGUUCAUUGAUGAGUUCAUGGAGGCGUGCGUGCAGAGAUAUGGACAGAACACACUGUUGCAAUUCGAAGACUUCGCCCUAGCGAACGCUGGCCGCCUUCUCAAGAAGUAUCGCAACAAGUACUGCACAUUCAACGACGACAUCCAAGGCACUGCCAGCGUGGCGGUCGCCGGGCUAAUGGCCGCCGUUCGGGUGACGAAGCGGAAGCUCAGUGAGAAUAUUUAUCUGUUCCUUGGUGCUGGCUCCGCCGCCAACGGUAUCGCGAAUCUGACGGUGGCCGCGAUGGUAGCUGACGGUCUAUCAGAGAGACAGGCUCGGGAAAGAGUCUACAUGUUCGACGUGGACGGUCUACUCUCUACGAGACGCGAGGGCGGUGUGCCUGAGCAUGCGAAAAACUUUGGAAAGGAUAUUGAGCCAGAGUCCGACUUUGAGAAGUGCGUCGCUAAGAUCAAGCCUAGCUGUUUGAUUGGGUGUUCAACGGUCGGCGGUGCUUUCACCCCCAAUGUUCUGAAGCAAAUGGCGAAAAAUACAGAGAGGCCCGUCAUUUUCGCCCUGUCUAACCCCACUAGCAAAGCGGAGUGCACCGCGCAGGCUGCCUACGAUAAUACUGAGGGUCGUUGCGUGUUCGCCUCCGGCUCUCCUUUCCCUCCCGCAGUCUACAACGGCAAGGAAUACCACACAGGCCAGGGAAACAACUCGUACAUAUUCCCGGGAAUCGCGCUGGGAGUCAUCGCCACCGCCACCCAUCAUAUCCCGGAGACUAUGUUCCUUACCGCCGCUAGGACGCUUGCCAACUACGUGAGCGAAACAGAUCUGUCCAUCGGCCGCAUCUAUCCCUCGCUGGCCGAGGUUAAGGAGGUGUCUGUCGCCAUCGCUAUUGAGGUCGCUAAAAUGGCUUACGAUGAAGGCCUGGCCUCCGUCUACCCCGAGCCUAAAGAUCUGGCGAAACACGUUCAAAACCAAAUGUACAGCUAUUACUACGAGACCUCCAUGCCAGUUGUAUGGGACUGGAAGCCUGAGGAGACAUUCAACGUGCGACCCAUCCAGCCAGUGCCCAAAAACAUCUAAACAGUAUUAUUAAUUUUAAAUAACUUACUUCUUACCGGUAUUAACUUUGACGAUUUACCUAACGACGCGUUGACUUCAGAUACCACGUUUGUUGGAUGGUUCUAUAGCAGUUCUAUAGCAGCAAAGUUCAGGCAGGCGUUUGCCUGUGGUAUCACGUCAACUGGAGUGUUUCAUAUUUGUUCCAUUUGUUUCAUAUAUGA